AUGACAAUCACCGAUACGACAGGAACAGCCUAUGGCCUCGCAUUGUACCCGGUUCCCAGCGACGACCCGAACGACCCUCUUAAAUGGCCGAGGUGGAAGAAAAAUACUGUCCUGUUUUUAGUGUGCAGCUAUUCGUUCCUGUCGAACGGAGCUUUGUUCGGGACAAGUGUAUACGUCAAUUAUCUGGCCGAACUAUUCCGAAAAACACCCAGCGAAACCUCUCGCCUCGUCUCGUAUCCAAACUUGCUCUUCGGUUUUGGCUCUCUUAUAUUCGUACCGAUGUACCACAAGAUAGGACGGCGACCUGUCAUGCUCAUCUCAAUUAUACUGUACUGUGGUGGCCUUCUUGGCUGUGCUCUGUCCAAUUCAUACGAUGUCCUUCUCGGAUUCCGGAUGCUGCAUGCGUUUGCUUCCUCCGUUUGUGAAGCUCUCCCUGCUCAGGUUGUGGCAGAUGUUUUCUUCCUGCAUGAACGUGGUAGUGCGCUGGGAUGUUACAUGCUCGCUGGAGGCCUUUCUUACACCCUCUUCUUCUGGGUUGAGUUUGCUUUCGGAUGCGUCUUAUUCAUAGCGACCUUUUUCUUCUUGGAGGAGUCUAUGUACCUCAACAGGAUGAAGGAUGAUAUCGCCGAAAGUACAGUUGAAGGUGUGAUCAAUUCGGAAAAGGAUACUCAGCAGGCUUCGGAACAAAUCGAAGACACGACGAAUCUCCCUCGACGACGCAAGACAUACGCGCAGCAACUCAAGGUCAUCGACCAAAUCGACCAUCAGUCUCCGGUUUUCAUGAUGAUGAUCCGCUCGUUCACAUACUUCGCUGUUCCACCAGUAUUCUGGGAAAAUACGGGACUGGUGUCGAUCGCUGCGUUUGUGGGCUAUUUUGCAGCCGCUAUACCUUUCAGUACACUUCCAGACCGAUUUGCCGCUAGGCUAUCAAGAAGGAACGGAAAUAUCCACGAGGCCGAACAUCGCCUUUGGUGUCUUGCUGUGGUUCUCCUAGUAGCUCCGGCAUCUCUCAUCCUAUACGGGUACUCGGCUGAGAAACAACUCCACUGGAUCGGUCUCAUUUUUGCUGUGGGACUCUUUCAAUUUGGAAACUUCUUUUACCUGACCUACACCCUUGCAUACGCCAUGGAUUCGUACGAAGCCAAUGUGCCGGAGAUGUUGAUCGCUAUGAACAUUGGAAAGCAGGCCAUCUCCUUUGGGUUUGGGUUCGCAGUCCUUGACUGGAUCUCAGAGCACGGGUACAUCACCAUGUUUGCGGGCGUCUUUUGUGGUGCGACAUUGGCGAACAACAUGGCCGUGUUCGUCUUUCUCUACUUUGGCAAGUCCAUGAGAAGAUGGUUCGGGCAAACGGGCCUUGCAAAGAUGCACAAGAAGAGUCUCCAUUGA